AUGAAAGUUGAGCCUGGUAUCAUUGCCAACCCAUGGGUCAAGGGUGCCGUGCGAGGAGCCAACAUAAGGACGUCGGACCCCCGCAGGUCGAGGGUCCUCACAACGUCCGAGGUGCUUCUUCUUGAGACUGCCCUCAUCGAGGGGCAUCAUGAUCGUGUGGAUCGGUAUGCAAUCGGUGCUUUCUUGUUUCAGCUCUACGCACGGGCGAGGGUCUCUGAUCUUCGCAACAUUUCCAAGCUAGAACUUGACCUGAACGACGGUUCCGGCUUCAUCGAGGUUCGCACUUAUGAGCACAAGAAUUCUAGGCUCGGCAGCGGGGCUGGAGCUGUGCUGAUUUUGGUUGCGCCGUAUCACGGGCUCCACGUUCAACCUUGGGGGCAGGCGUGGGUGCAAGCUGCAACAGCCGUAGGUUUCGCCUUUGACAAAGGGCACCGGGGACCGAUCCUCCCGAGGCUGUCGAGCGACUACAGUUGGAGUGGGGAUGCGACCGACGCCAACGAGACCACUCGCUGGUGCCGUGGGAUUCUUGCUCAGCUCACUGGAGGCUCCAUCGAUGAGACUUUCUCGAGUCACGGCCUAAAGGCUACUCCUCUCAGCUGGACAUCCAAAGCGGGAUACCCAGAGCGCACCCAGCUGAUUCUAGGGCAUCAUUCGCUGGGAUCCACAGGAAAGACUCAGGAGUCCUAUGCGCGUGAGGUUCAGGCGCAGCCUCUACGUGACCUGGUGGAGUGCAUCGCUGCAAUCCGACGAGGCCUGUUCCACCCAGACCGGACGCGCAGCGGCAUGGUCACGCAGGGCGCUCUGGGAUCUCACUUCAAGCUCGGUGGAACCGGUGCACACGACUUCGUGUGUGCUCCUCCCUCCGAUUCGGCCCCAUCAAGUGCACGUGAGCCUGCACCAGUGGAGGCCCUUCAAAGCUCGCCGCACGAGGAAGCAGGGUCUCCCACUAAGGAUGGGGAAGCAUCUUCGGGCUGCCAGGAUGAAGUGGCUGAUCCCCAGAGUGAAGAGUCCGAGAGUUCUGGAGACUCCGAAGGGGACACCGUCUAUGAAAAUUUUGGUAAAGGGAUCACACAGGAUGCGAUCCCAGAUGUGAACAUGGGCCCAGAUCUUGAUCUCUUCCAAAACCCGAAGACCAAGAGCUUGCAUGCGCGAGCGAAGGGCUCGACUGGCAAGCUGAUCUGUGGCCGAUCACUUGACAACAUGAAGACCUUUCAAGGAAAGGUUUUCAGUCAUCGCUGGAUGUGCAAACAAUGCAUUGCAGGGCGUCCUGUGCGAGACAUAGGUGCCCUUAACUCUUUCCUGGCCAAGAAGCAGGGAAGGUCGGUUCAGUGGGACCGGGCAUCCGUGGUGAAUGGCACCAGGGCCGUUGAGCUGACAGUCGUGGGCAAGGUUUGCGAGACUCCAUCAGAGGAGUCGUUGACCGGCCUGAUUCAGACCGAAGGAGCAGAGCCGUCGAGGGGCUCGAUCGCGGCCGUUCGCCAUUUGGUCUUUGAAGCGCAGACCUUACUAGUGAGCCAGACCAAAGCCCUGGUCGAAAACCGGGAAGCAGAAACCAAAGAUCUUGCGCCGGCUGAGCGCAGGGAGAGGAUAAAAACCCAAUCGCAACGAUUGGCAGGCAUCACCAUGUCCGGUCAGAGUGAGUGCAGUUUCGCAUCCUACGACUUAUGUAUGAAAUUGCUCACUGAGAACUGUGUUUCUUACCUGGCGCCAUCGAAAUUUAUCACGCGAGAGGCUGAGCUGCGUGCUGACAAACCUCGCAAGGAGCUUGACCUCCAGCACUCGACUCUCAUCGUCAAGGAGAGAGAGCCUGACCAAGUGUGUGAUACCUCUACUGCCCUCAGCCUCCAUCACGCACUUCACCGCCGCAGCCUCGCCCUGGACUUAAUCGGGGUCACUGACUACUUCAAGGUCCAGGCCUUUGUGGAUUUUCUGAUGGCACAUCUGCACAGGAGCCUGCCGCAGGCAGUCGCGCCACUACAGUCCAACAGAUCCUGUUGGCCGACCGUGCUGCCUGGCUUCGCCUCUCAGAGCUCACGCCAGAUGGGAUUAGGCGCGACGAAGCCGGCCGGUUGCCGCUUGAUCCGCUGUGGAAGCGACUUGAGACGGACCCCAAGGUUAUCUUUCACCUUCUCCCCCGUGAGGGCAGCACCACGGGUCCAGCUAAGCGCACCGGUGAGCAUCUUGGAGAUUCCGAAACCCCCUCUCCAGGCAAGAAGCAGCGCAAAGGUAAGGGCAAGGGGAAAACUAAGACCCAGAAGGAGCCAGCCAACCUGCCCGAGGAGCUUAAAGGCUUGUCCUCCUGGACCAAGACCGGCAAACGCCGUUGUUGGGGCUUUAAUAUGCAGGUCGGAUGCGCCAAUGCAAAGGUGGGCCAGGACGAUGUGGAUACCGCUGGAGCAGCCUUGGAGGCUGCCCCCGCCCCUGCUUCUGCACUACCCUCCCCUGGCUCCGCUCAGCCGCUGUCCAGCUUUUUCUGCGUUGAAGUUUUCGCGGGUUCGGGCAGGCUUUCUGCCGAGUUGA